CAUGCUAAAACUAUGACCAUAUGUUUUGGUUUCUUCUGCCCUAAAAAAACCUGUUACACAAACAAAAAGAAUGCGUGCAUUGCUAAAUUGCUACGUGCCAGAUCUUUGCAUCCUCUCCUGGUGGCCCCAGGUUACUGAUCUUCUUCUGCCUGGGUGAAGAGCUGGGUGCCUGAAGUGGGACGGGCAAAGAGGGGAAACUCUGGCCCCGUCCCGUUCUCCACUUUUAAUGAGCGCUCCGAACAUGCAGGAGUAAGAGUCCAGGUGGAGCAGUUCAGCGCUAACAAACACGCCCGCUGGUCCAACAUUGCGUUUCGAUGAAAGCGUAAGGGGAAAGCUGCACAGGGAAUUACUUGUUUUUAAGGAGGACAAUUAUACCUUCUCAGGUCGGGAGGUUAUACAAGGACACCUGGCUGACCUGCUGAAUCAGCGCACCACCCAUCACGAUGAGAGCAUCACUCACUGCCAUCUGCCUCGCGCUCCUCCUGUCCUGUGCUUGCUGGGCCAAGCCUAACGGAUCAAAGAACAAGAAACCAAAGCAAGUUGUUCCAGCUAUAGAGUGUGACGUCAGAGCAGGGAAGAUCAAUCUCCCAGAGUUCAUAGCCAAAUGCCCUGCACAUUGUAAGGAGACAAAGCAGCAAGUCUAUGGGACAGGCGUGUUCGCCUCCAUCUCUAGCAUCUGCAACGCAGCCAUCCACAGUGGCGUCAUCACCAACACAGGAGGAAAGGUGAUAGUGAGGAAGAUGGCUGGGCAAAACGCCUACAAAGGCAGCAACUCCAAUGGAGUGCGCUCUCUGUCUCUACCUAAGUGGAGGGAGUCGUUUGUUGUCUCAGUGGGGAAGCCCAAGAAAGGAGUAAUCUAUCCAUCUACUCUGGACUACAUCCCUGCAAGACCAACCUAUGUGAAAACAGUGCCGCCUACAACAACAGCACCUGAACCUACCACAACUACAACCCCUGAACCCACCACCACCACCACGCUGGCUCCCACCACUACUACUACAUCCCCAUCACCACCCACAACUACCAAGGCUCGGGCUGCUGUCCACAAAGUCAGGGAUGCAGGCAGCAGUCACCCAUACCUUGCCUCUGUGGCAGCCGCAAGUUCAAGACAGUCACAGAAUGGUCAAGGAAAGAGUUUCAGCCAAGUAUUCAGAGGAAGUGCCUAUCCAAAUAGAUUCCCACAACGUGCCAGUGCAGGUCUGCGUAGACCAGAGGCAGGGUCAGCUAUCAGGAGACAGCCAUCCUCUCCAGUUGGCCCAGCUUUUAACAGGGUUCAGCCAGCCCCACCCGAGCGAACUCCAACCAUGAGCCAGUCCAAUCCCGCUUUUCCCAGAAGGGAUUGGGCGCCCCCCUCCUAUCCUCGUCCUGAUUGGUUCCCUGGUGCUCAACGACCAGCAGAUGUUAGUUAUGCAGCUCCAGACUCUGGAUACACGUGGAGUGAGACAGACACACCUGAGAUUACAGCUCGGGAUCACAGGCCUGAUAUCUCAGAAUAUGAGCGCUGGUUUUAUAACUUUGGACCGUACCUGCCUCGCUCUACAGACUCAGAUGGCGGCCGUAAAGUGCCAUUGGAUACAACCCAUACAAGAGUGGAGCCAGUGGAUGCCUGGAAGCCAGAAGCAAACAUUUAUGAAUCAGGCUUCAACAUGAGGGAGCAAGAACCUGUACCCAGAGCACCUGAGCCUGUGUCACAGGGAGACCCAAAUUGUAAGGUGGACCUGGCCUUCCUGAUGGAUGGGAGCUGGAGCAUUGGGAAGAGGCGCUUUAAGAUCCAGAAGGACUUCCUGUCUGAGGUGGCUCAGGCCAUCAACGUGGGAGUGGCCGGACCCAUGAUGGGCCUCAUCCAAUACGGGGAUGACCCUGUGACAGAGAUCAGUCUGAAGUCUUACUCCAACUCCAGAGAGGUGAAGUCAGCCAUAGAUAAGGUUGUGCAGAAGGGAGGCCUCACCAAUGUGGGAAAGGCCCUCACCUACAUCAACAAGCAGUACUUCAGUGAUGCCAAUGGAAACCGAGGGGGAGCUCCUAACGUGGCCGUGGUGCUGGUGGAUGGCUGGCCCACAGACAAGGUGGAGGAGGCGUCUCGGCUCGCUCGAGAGUCUGGCAUCAACAUAUUUUUCGUCACCAUUGAGGGCCCUGAUGACAACGAGAAAGAAAAUCUGGUCGAGACCAACUUUGUUGACAAGGCUGUGUGUCGGACAAACGGCUUCUUCUCCCUGCCCGUGACCAGCUGGUUUUCUCUGAGGAAGGCCGUGCAGCCCCUGGUGAAGAGAGUGUGUGACACAGACCGCCUGGUGUGCAGCAAAACCUGCCUCAACGCCAACGACAUCGCCUUUGUCAUCGAUGGCUCCAGCAGUGUGGGAACCGGCAACUUCCGCACGGUGCUGCAAUUUGUGGCCAACAUCACGCGGGAGUUUGAGAUCUCUGACACCGACACACGGGUCGGAGCCGUGCAGUACACCUACGAGCAGAGGCUGGAGUUUGCCUUCGGCCAGUAUAACAACAAGGCCGAGCUACUGAACGCCAUAAAACGCAUCAACUACUGGAGCGGCGGUACCAGCACCGGCGCUGCCAUCACCUACGCUGCGGAGCAGCUUUUUAGCAAAUCCAAACCCAACAAGCGCAAGAUCAUGAUUGUCAUUACAGAUGGGCGCUCCUACGAUGACGUCAGGGCACCUGCUCUGGCUGUCCAUCGCCAAGGUGUGAUCGCCUACUCCAUCGGCAUUGCCUGGGCAGCCCAGGACGAGCUGGAGUACAUCGCCACAGACCCCGACAAGGAGCACUCCUUCUUUGUGGACGAGUUUGACAACCUCUACAAAUUUGUACCCAAGAUCAUCCACAACAUCUGCCAGGAGUUCAACUCCCAGCCCAGAAACUGAGGACCAGACAGGGUGGUGGUGUAGAGGGGGACGUCUUGUGAUCCUGGGCUGUCUUAACAGAGCACUGAUCGUAAAUUUACUCACUCUGUUGCCCAGAUGGCGGUUGCUGGAUUGGCUGCAGCGCCCCAUGUUUGAAAAGGGAGGGCUUUUGAAUUUAGGUGAGGAUUGUGGGUUUGGACAAAACAAAUCUUAAAGUGAAACAGCAUUUGGUUCCAAAUAUACAGAUGGUGCUAAUGGUAAAGGGUUUGUAAACACAGUGACAUUGACAUCUCAUGUACACUGUGGUGCCAGUUGUCCUCUGUUGGUGCCAUAAAGAGAACAGAGUAUUCCUAAUCAUUUAAUAAUGGUACUAAUAACUCACCCUUUGUAAAGGGUUCAUAGCUUGUAACUAUUUUUAUUACUGGUAAUAAAUCAUUUGCUAAUGCUUUAUAGAUAAGUUAUAAGCCAUUAAGCAGAACAACAUUUGUGUGGCCAGCCUGUGUUAAUCCUCCUCUGGCAUGAAACUCUUCAAACCUCUCCAUCUGAACAUCUGGACCAAAAUUAAUUUGUUAACAACUUUGUAAAAGCAAGUGACUGCUGCAGGAGCCGAAGGGAUUUUUUGCAACUUGGCAACACAAAAGUUAUUCUUCAAUAAAGCAUUUGUAGAUGAUUUAGACGCGAUUUUAAGAACAACGUACAAAACCUUUUAUAAAUGGUGCCUUAUUAGGAAGCGGUAUCAAAAAGAUUAACAAAUAUAAAGCUACCUUUCUGGGAUUUGGUGCUUGCAGAGAAAUGUAGACUUAAAGCAUGCCUAGCACUUCCUCUUAUGGCUUAACCUACUUCAUAAACUUAAUAAAAUGGUGCUUUUUUAUACAAUUCUCUGUAAAGACGAUAUAAUUUCUUAGAAAUGGGUGCAUUUUGAUCUUCCUAAUAGGAGAGAUUUGAUAGUAGGGACAUUGUUUAAGUUCCUCUCAAGGACUGUGGCGCUGCCAGCUAUUGGUAUGAGGCAUAUGUGCAACCAACAAGUGGAUGUGGAAAGCAAAUCAACAACAUGGAACAAAGACUGAAGUGAGGAAACAGGAGCUCGUCUAUCUUUGUAUAGAGCGAUGGCAGAUGAAAAAUUUACUUCUCUGGAAUGAAAGCAAUUCAUCUCAUCACUCUUGUUUUCUAAUAGUGUGGUUGCUUCUAACAUUGCAGGCAUUUCUCAGUUUUGUUGAAAGAGUAUUUAUGAUUUUCUCCCUUUUAUGUCCUGUUUGUACAUAUGCAUAUUAAAAGCAUUUCCCUAAUAAUGGUCAGAUAAUUGAUCUGAUUUUUUUGGUGCAAUUUUUAAUAAAAUAAAGAAAAUGAAGAGAACUUAAA